GUGUAAUUUAUUUGACAUAAAAGUGUUUUGUUGUCUUUUGUGAUUGUAGGGAUCUUAAAAUUCCGCAAAAUUGCGACAUAUUGGUGAAAUUUGGAGCAUAGAAUAUUUCAAUAUAAUUCAGUGCAGACCGUAUGCUGUGUCGUCAUAAUUCGUGUUUGAGAACUUGAUAUUUGGAAACAAUUACUCAAAAAAGGUGAUGUAUUUGAAUCGUAUGAAGGAAACGACUGAAACUACAGAAUGCAAUCUACAACAGUAAAAAUGACAGCUACCAUCCCUACCCCACCGAGCUUUGGACCGGCCAAAACCUGUUCAACUGGAGUGUUCGGACCCAGAUCUGUUGAUAAACCUAAACUUGACUAUUCGUGCAUACGAGGAAAAACUGUGCUGGUUAGUCCAACCGAAGAGCAGUACGAAGCUUUAAGCAAAAGAUUGGAAGAAAGAAUUGCUGAUAAUCGUGGUGAGACGGUGUACGAAAUUGGUGUCGGAGAAGAUGGCAGCGAGAGUGGAUUGGAAGCAGACGAAUAUGCAGCAUCUGUGGCCACUUUGCAAUCACUAGCAGCAAUGUUAAAUGCUGAAUGUGUUGAGCUGCGACUACGAAAAGGCGAAAAAGGAGCAACUGGGCAAUAUCUAGUCCGUUCGAAAGUAGACGAUAAUGAUUUCACCGAGAUACGCGUUGCAGUAGUAGGGAACGUAGAUGCCGGUAAAUCUACACUACUGGGAGUACUGACACAUGGUGAACUGGACAAUGGUCGAGGCUUCGCUAGACAACGACUUUUUCGUCACAAACACGAAAUAGAAAGUGGUCGAACAAGCUCUGUUGGUAAUGAUAUUUUGGGAUUCGACAGUGUUGGUAACGUUGUAAACAAACCCGAUCACGGCACAUUGGACUGGGUGAAAAUUUGCGAAAAAUCUGCCAAGGUCAUAACCUUCAUUGAUCUAGCUGGACAUGAGCGAUACCUAAAGACAACGGUCUUUGGCAUGACAGGACACGCACCGGACUUUGGAAUGUUGAUGAUCGGAGCCAAUUCGGGUAUAGUAGGAAUGACGAAAGAACAUUUAGGCUUAGCGCUAGCCCUCUCAGUUCCAGUAUUUGUAGUUGUUACAAAGAUCGAUAUGUGUCCGCCAAAUGUAUUGCAAGAAAAUUUGAAACUCUUGUACAAAAUUCUCAAAUCACAAGGAUGUCGUAAAGUACCCGUAAUGGUGAAAACGACUGACGACGUUGUGCUCAGUGCUACAAAUUUUGUUUCCGAGCGAUUAUGCCCAAUAUUUCAAGUAUCUAAUGUUACCGGCGAAAACCUGAACCUGUUAAAAAUGUUCCUUAACCUUCUAACAGUACGAACAACAGGGAACGAUACCCUUCCGACUGAAUUUCAAAUUGAUGAUACAUACGCUGUGCCGGGCGUUGGUACUGUCGUUUCAGGUAUAACCCUUCAAGGUGUCGUUCAUUUGAAUGACAUACUUUUGCUCGGACCAAAUCCACUGGGUGAUUUCCAAUCGAUUACGAUCAAAAGUAUUCAUCGAAAGCGAAUGAUUGUUCGUGAAGUGCGAAGUGGUCAAACGGCAAGUUUUGCUCUGAAAAAAAUAAAACGAUCCCAGAUCAGAAAGGGUAUGGUGUUGGUUAGUCCAGAUAUCAAUCCUCAAGCUUGUUGGGAGUUUGACUGCGAAAUACUUGUCCUGCACCAUCCCACAACUAUAUCAAGUAAAUACGGCCGUUGGUCAGCGAUGGUACACUGUGGCAGUAUUCGACAAACGGCACAAAUCUUGCAAAUGUCAAAGGAAUGUCUACGAACAGGCGAUAAAGCGGUUGUGCGAUUUCGUUUCAUAAAAAAUCCUGAAUAUAUGAAACCGGGCCAGCGAAUGGUGUUUCGAGAGGGUCGCACAAAAGCAGUUGGAAAUGUGAUAACUCCACUUUAUACACCGGGUUCUGUUCAACAACGUACAAAGCCUAACAAAAUGCAAGGUCGGAGUUCAACUUCAGGACAGCAACUUAAUGCCCCAAAACCGCUAUCCAAAGGCACACAUGAUGUGACUUCCGACGCACCAUCACCCCUAACUGGUACUUCUGUUUUGCUAGAUAUAGGUACGGAUAAACGAAAUAAUCGACCAAGUAAUAUGCAUAAAAAACAUCGUGGACCAUCAUCUGCUAGCACAACAGGGGCAGCUUCGAGUUCUACAAAUGAUUCAUCGCCCACCUCUUCCCAACAAAAUUCGUUCGCAAACGAAGCGAUCUCUGUUGCAACAAACUAACAAUCUGACAGAAAACAAAAUGAAAACUCACUUCGAAAGAAUAUUGUCAAUUGUUGUAAGUUUUAACCCUCGACUUACUUCUACUUAACACCAUCGGAAUUGCUGGCAGUCUGUUAAAACAAGUGGAAAAAUAAAUGUAAUCAGAAGCAGUACUAUAUUCGACCUGAGUUACAGAACACACAACUUAAUAAACCAUACCUUCAAUUGAACGGUAUAUUGCUUUUUCCAUUGCAGUAACUGUACAUUUUGGAUUUUACCGGAGAAAUAUAUUUUUGUUAAACAAAACAAAUCAA